CGACACUCACAACAAAUAACUUCCUGAUAAAGAAAUGUAGUCGAAACAACUGUUGCCCUUGAGGCAAUCGAUCUCAACAUGCUGGGAGGGUCUGUUCCCAGCCGGGCCAUUCUUCUCCUUCUCCUAUUCCUCGCCCACGUAGUCACCACAGCCGCAGAUCAGUCCCAGGCUCGUCUCCAUGAUGACUCUGGCUCGCAGGCAAGAACACACCGUGCAGCCAUUAUCGGCGCCGGCCCUGGUGGUUCCGCGGCCUCGUACUAUCUAGACCGUUUCUCCAGCCAGUCGGACUCUGAGGUAGCCUUGGACAUCACUGUGUUCGAAGCCAAUCGGCGAAUCGGCGGGCGAACCACGACGGUCGAUGCCCUGGACGACCCUCGCUACCCGACCGAGCUGGGCGCCAGCAUCUUCGUCAAGAUUAACCACAUCCUCUACAAUGCGACGCGGGACUUUGGGCUUGCACCUUGCACUAAGGUCUACGAUGCUGAACCAGAGUCAAAGUACGAGCUGGGCAUAUGGGACGGAAGGCAAUUUGUAUUCAGAACCGCCGCCGAAGGUGAUGAUGGUGGCGACAACAACAAAGGCAGUUCCAGUUCAUGGCGCGGAUGGUGGGACGUCGCAAAGCUACUUUGGAAAUACGGAUUGAGUCCCAUUCGGACACGACGAGCAACCAAUGCUGCUCUGGGCACGUUUCUCAAAUUCUACGACCAGCCUCUCUUUCCGUUCCAGUCGUUGCAGGAGGCGGUCGACCAAACCGGGCUGGAUGACUAUACAGUAGUCUCGGGCAGAGAAGUGCUCCGCCAUGCCGGGGUUAGCGACUUGUUCAGCAGAGAAAUAGUGCAAGCCAGCACGAGGGUCAACUACGCCUCGAACCUCGGAGGCAUCCACGGUCUAGAGACGCUGGUUUGCAUGGCCAUUGAAGGAGCCAUGGCCAUCGAGGGCGGGAACUGGCAGAUUUUCCACGAGAUGGUCAAACGCUCCGCCUCCCGUGUGCUGUUGAACACGACCGUCACGGAUAUAGUACUAAAUCCGCAUACAGAGACGUACCGUGUCCGAACCGACAACCCGGACAUCGACGCUCAGUUCAACGCGGAGGAAUAUGACAGCGUGAUCCUCGCGGCGCCAUAUCAAUUCGCAGACAUCUCAUUCACACCGCCGCUCGUUGAUCCGCCCGCCAAGGUCGACUAUGUCUCGCUGUACGUGACGCUGCUGACGUCUCCGCAUCGACUAUCCCCCUCUUUCUUUGGUCUUGAAUCACAGGCCGAUGUACCUGCUUCGGUGCUGACGACUCUGCCUGAGGAUUUGAACGACGUCCUCGGAUCUCGCAGGGGCGUUGACGCCGUUGGUCCCUCUGGAUUCUGGUCGAUCAGCACCUUGCGCGUCCUGCAUCCCGACACUGACGGGGUGUUCUUUGGGCCGACAGCGACGGCACUGAAAAAUGGCAGUAGCGAGGUCGACUCCGAACCACCCAUUUCUGAAUCACAGCCGCAGUAUCUGUACAAGAUUUUCUCCCCUGCUCCUUUGACCGGCUCAUUCGUCUCGUCCCUACUAGGGAUUCCAUACAAGUCUCGUUCCGACUCUCCCUCAUCCCAGGACCUUAACGACGACCCAGUAGGUGCUCUCCCCAAGGAACACAUCACCUGGCUACACGAGAAGCACUGGCACAGUUACCCGUACGAGAUACCUAGGCACACAUUUGACAACUUCACUCUACAUAUGAGUGAACCGGAACCAUUCGCAGCUCAAAACAUGGCAAACAAGAGUGCGGCGGCUCAUAGAGACACCGUCAUAGUUGACGACCAGACCACCACUUGCGCAGAGCAAUGCUACGGCAAGACCUGUCCAGAUUCUGGGAUAUACUACCUUUCCAGCAUGGAGAGUUUCAUUUCCACCAUGGAAACGAGCGCCCUUGCUGGCAUGAACGUUGCGCGCCUGCUUGUCGACACCCUCGAGCGGUGUCGAGAAAACGAGGUGUUUGCGCUGCACAUGCACAUGUUGUACCCUUAGUAACCAUUCAUGCAAUACGAGCACGAGCACAUCUGACAUGUAUAUAUAUCCAUAUUAUAUGCCCCGAACUGUGCUUCGCCCAUUACCGUUUUCGUUCAGGAAAGGGAGCGAGGCCGCUCUAAUCGCGCACGUGACGGAGCAUCGAAGGGCGCCUGGUCGAGCACGGGAGCGCGUGAGCCACGGCAGACCCGGGCGGAGAGCGCCCGAGCACUGGGCGAGCCACAGGGAGCGCUGCCUGAUGCCCGUGCCUGAUGCCCAUUCACUGAAGCCAGUUCGGAUUCAGAGCUCCCCUUCGGGGCUCGACUAUAGUUGCACAGCGCGGGAAUCACUCAGCUUAGCCCCCAUGUUCCUUGCUUUUGGUGCUGCACAUCUUCGGAAGGGCCAUCUUCCGGGACAUGUUGCCAAUCGACACAUUUGUCAUGCUUGAAACCUUUGCAACGAGGGAUCGAACAAGUUCCUCCAUAAGUUUGGACACACAAUCCAUAUGUCGUAAAGUUGAGCAACAACCCCUAUUUGUCUUUACUACCGAGGGCGCGUGGCUCGCCCAGAUUCAGAAAGGAUAAAGGUCCCACGGGUGCCACGGGCGCUUUAGUUCGUUGCGAAGACCUGUCAUCUUGGUACGUUUCGGGAUCUUUUAUUAAGCUAUACAUUCUAGCAAGGUAUUUGAAUCACUGAUUCUAUCAAAACAUACAUGGCACGCGGCAUCCUGCGCGUAGCACGAAGAUAGGAAUAUCCCAAUCCCAAACCUCACUCUUCUGCAGGCGUGCGACGUCGCGGUCAACGACUCGGCUGCGAUCCGCGACCAACACGAGAAGUCUUGUUCGGUUUACAACAGACCAACCGUCCGUUGCUUCAUUGUGCGGACAUCCACAUCUUGCCAGAGCCCGACGCUCACAAGGGUGAUGGUGUAGAGACUGGUGGCGGCGAUGAGCAUGUAUCGCUGAGUCUCGGCGUAGCUCCUGUUGAUGGCGUCUCUGGUCGGGCUGCCCAGAGGAUAGCUGGCUUGGACGGUCAUGUCGCCGUAGAUGUUGGCGAAAUUUCCUUGCGCGCUGGCCGGGAGAUACUUGAGCAGUUUCUUCGGGAAGAUGCCGGUCCACAUGGCUCCUGCGAUGGUCGAACCGACAGCGGAGCCAAUGGCGAUAACCAUGCUCUCGCAGGCCAAGAGGGCGGGGAAGUCGCGCUGCUUGGACACGGCCAUCAGCGUCGUCUGCUCAGAGGUUACCAACACACCGCCACCGAAGGCGACGAAGAUCUGACACAUAACGAUAUAUCCGAUGUUGACGUCGGGUUGGCGGAACUUGAUCAUCAAACCGACACCGAGGAUGGUCAGUGGGACACCCCAGAAGAGAGAGUAAAGUUUCAGACGGCCGCUCAUGUAGCGCAGGCAAACUCCGUAGACCAGACAAAUGAAGCAGCUGCCCAUGGUGUAAAUGUUGCUGAUGUAGGUUGCAUGAACGACGGUUUGGUUGAAGAGGACGAUGAGGAGCGAAUAGAAGUAGUUGUCCCAGAUAUACCAAGCAGUGUACAGGGAAGCCGCCAUGGUGUAGGUGAAGAUGACCGUACGAUUCUUUAGCAGCUCCCAAGGGACAAAGGUGAUGGGAGCGAGUUUGGCUUCCCAGACGCCGAAGGCGAUGACGAGCAAGCCGCCAAAGAUGAGGAAGCAGAUGAUCAGGGGAGAUCGCCAAGUAUCCGGUUGGUAGGAAUAGAUGUUGAAGGCCAAGAGGAAGAGCGCCAGACCGGUGGCGAGGAUGAGGAGACCGAUGACAUCGAACUCCUUGAGGUAGUGGCGGGUCUUCUGAGCCAGAGUCAUGUUCGCUGUGGCCCGUGGAGGGAUGAGGCCAGCCUUGCGCGCCUUUUCCUGCGCAAUCCAGUGCAUGAUUCCGAAGGGAGCCAUGACGAUGGGGACGAUGAUGCAGAAGAUACCGAAGCCCCAGUGAUAACCCAUGCCGUUGAUCACGCUAUCGGCCGCAUAUCCGUAGACCCAAGUGGUGAUGAGGAAUGGCGAAGAAGAAUAGCCG